GCUUCGCGGAAAAACAUGGCGGCAAAAAUCAAACCGUAUUUGAACAUUCAAUGCGACUGGACGGAGUUAUUAAGGCAAGGGAAAUUAAAUGAGUUAGUUGGUAAUUUGUAGAGUACUUAUAUGUUUAAUAUUUUGUAGGAAUUCUAGUGAAAAAGCGUGGAUAUCAUGCUCGAAGAAGGGUGAGAAAGUCAUAGAGGAGUGAUAUGAGACAUUGAGACUCAUGAGUUUAAUAUUAGAAUGGCAGUGGCCCAGUCAUACUGCCCAUUAAUGUUUGGUUUUUAUAUGCACUUAUAGUUGAUAAUAGCUGAUUUGCUAUCAAAUUUUAACCUUCAAACACUUAUUACAUACAUUUAAGCUUACAAUGCAUCAAGCCUAGAAAAUACAUUUCUCUUCCUGGAAUAACAGAAUCCAAAAAUAAACAUCUCCUGUGUAAGUCAUAUAGAAAACUUCUUGCACAUGUAGAUUUCAGAGAACGUACGAUGCCACGCAUUGCGAUAAACUUCAAUCUCGCCUGAAGACAAUCUCGCCUUGUAAAAUGCUUUAGGGAUUUUUAAUAACUAAACUAUAUGGCAUUCUAGUAUAUAAGAUGACAAAAGUUUCCUGCAAGAUGUAAGAAAAUUUCCUGCUAAGAUAUUUUGUUAAAAAUUUCCUGGCAGUGGAGCUGCCUGAUAUUUUCCGGCACUGCAAUGCAUGAUGGUAUUUAGUCUCUGCAAUGUUACAAGUUAUGUUUUCCUCGUACAUACCUUGACACCUUAAAUAACAGAUUUCUUAUAGUUCGAUAUUUCUUCACCAUUUCAAAUGUUUCCUACAAAACACAGGAAGUCCAUCAGUUUAUGGAGAGAUAAGUUCACAUGGAGAAAGACAAGAGAAAGAGUUGAAUGCAACAGAUGGUUUUGAAAUUGAAAGUUUUGACAAGGUUCAACCAUUGAAAUAUGAUAAUUGUAAAUUAAAGUUAAUAUUAAGUGCAUGGCAUUAUAAUUUGCUUGUUAUAUAUGUUGUGAGAGGAUUGAAUAGAAAAGAGCAGAAUAUAAGUGUAGAACAGAAUGGGAUGAAAUAGAAUGGAUGAAUACUGGGAAUCAACUAAACAAGGAUAAAUAAAAUAAAAAUCAGAGAUCAUUAUAGCAACUGAAACAGAUCUAAAGAUAAAACAAAAUCAAUAUACAUUGGAAAUGAAUCACCUUUACAGUAACAGCUUGUUAAUGAAUGAAUAAUAGAAAGAUAAACUGCAAGGUUCUUUAAAAUUAUAAAUAAAAUUACAUACCUUUCUCCUGUAGAGAAGCAUCACUAUAAAAUAUCCGGAAUGGAAAUGUUCAACCAAAUUUCUCGCUCCUUCAGACGUCUUUACAAACAUUCACUCUAAAAGUGUAAGAUAUUUUUCUUCUAAAUUGCAAUCAGAACAAUUAGAAUGCAAAUUUCUUUGUCAUACCUUUGACUUCCCAAUUGUUAGGUCCAUGGUCUUGAUAUCUCGCCAGGUGGUUCACUGGGCGUCUCAUCCAGUGAUGAUGGUAGUUUAAAUAUCUGGCAGACCUCUGACGGGACAGUCCGGGUAAGACUCGUUUUGUGGACACCACUGUUUAUUUAUUUCCCGAGGAGCGCAGGACCGGGGAACGAGAUUGCGUUAGUAACUUCUGUAAUUCAUAUGAUUACCCAAUGUGGUAUUCUAGCGGGAACUAAAAGGUCACGUGACAGAAGUGACAUCAUGUCAAUUCUUUCCAUCUGGUGUGGUGGCACUGACUGGUGCUUCAGAUAUGCAACUCAAGAUAUGGUCAGCAGAAGAUGGUACUUGUCCAGUCACUUUGAAAGGCCACAGAGGAGGUAAACUUUGUUGUCUUUUUCUAUGGUGUCUUCAUCAUGUCUGACACUGGAACAUUCUCUUGUCUUCAAAAUUACGAUUGGCAUUUCUAUAGCGCGAAUUUCCAUGUAGAUACGAUCAAAUGCGUUUCACACCAAGUGUUACGUUUAUUACCUCAGGGUUCAAAAUAAAAAUUUCAAAUUUUGAAAUUUUUGUAGGCUUUUUUGUAUAUGUACAUUUUUUUACCGGCUGUUUUCAUCUUUGACAACGAGAGUGUUAGCGUGCGCCGUUAGGCACGAGGGUUACCAGGAAAGCCUUGAAAUUUGGGCAAGUUACAAAACGCAAAAUAUUAGCUUUACUACAUAUACAGUUAAAUGCACUUACAGUGUAUAAACAAGUGAUCAGUUUAAUCUACUAGUUAUGAAGUUUUCUUCAAUCAUACAAAUUCUCACAGGAACUAGUGACUGUCUAUAUAAGUGGCAAGUACGUAGUUGUGCUAGUCAGAUUCCGCUUCAGAUGAGCUUCUCAUACCACAAUCAAAGGGAUCAUCUUCAACACUAUAUAUUGUCUCUUGUUCUGAAUCAAUAACUGCAAUCAUCGACUUUCGCAGGGCAAUUCUAGCAGACCCCCAAUUAAAAGGGGCUAGUUUCGCCCCUGCGUUAAAAUCGUAGGUUCCUCGGAUUCCCUAUCAAUUGGACAAUAGCCUGAAAAACAACGAAUGAAAAACUCAAUAAGAAAUGUUGUUGUUCUUAUAGGUAUCACUGACACUGCUAUCCUAGACAAAGGACGAAAUAUACUAUGUACGUAUUUUUAAAUCAAGAAGGGGAAAUAUUUCUUACACUAGCACACCUGCCGUAUGGACCUGAUUUAACCAAGGUUUUAUUGAAUACAGCUUGUUCACGUGAUGGAUCUGCGCGACUCUGGGAUUGUGGGACAGCUACCUGUCUUGGUAUUAUUGCAGAAUGUUCAUGUCCCAUCAACGCAUGCGCAGUGGAAACUGUGAAUCAGGAAAUAAGUAUCGGCCCAAGAGAAGAAGAAAAGAGUAAGUAACGAUGCUGUCAAAUCAGACUUUCGGGAACUAUAUAUUUUUACAAGUUUUGAAAAAUAGCUAAGCGCAAACAGUUAGCUCAAGAAACUGUAAUGACCCAAAGUAACCAUGCAUUAGAAAUAACCGUUAUAACUAUCCCUGUCCACCCAUCUUCAUCCUCACACCACCACCGACUAGCUGAACACCACCAUGCAACUAUAGGGUUGAAUCUGCUUGAAUUUCCAGGUGAUAGAGAAACUGGAACAAUUGGAAAAUUGCUGGUGAUUGCGCGAGAAGAUAAGACAUUACAAGGAGUUGGUCUUCAUGCUAGACAGAAGGUACGGUCUCAAUAGACCUUUCCCCAAUUAACCAAAAUUUUGAACUCAACAAGUGUAGACAAAAAUUCCAUCAUAGCAUGAAAGAGCAUCACAAAAUUAGUGAUAUUCCAAAGUUUCGUUGUGAAAUGUUGUAAAAUGCGGAUAAUAUAGCCUUGCGAAGUUUACCGUUUUUCAGUCAUUUUGUAUUACGCACAGAAGUGGUAACGAUUUCCCGUUUGUAAUCUAAAAUGACGGAAAAUUGCAAACUUCGCAAGGCUAUAUAUAUUAUCCGCAUUUUACAACAUUUCGCAACGAAACUUUGGAAUAUUACUAAUUUUGUGAUGCUCUUUCAAGCUGUGAUGAAAUUUUUGUCCAGACUUGAGUUCAAAAUUUUGGUUAAUUGGGGAAUGGUCCAUUGUCAUUCAACUUGUAAUUUUAAUCAACAUCAUGUAUCAACAGUGCAUACUUUUACAGUGGAAUGGUGCAAGCUCCUUUAAAUCUGCGUUUCUCCCCCCUCCCAAUUUUCAAUGCACACCCUAAACUGCAAGUGUUUGGAGUUGAUUCUGAAUUUACUAAGAGUGUUUUGAAUGUACUUUUUUGUACAGGUUUUCGAAGUAACAGGCUCUGCAGCAUUCAAUACAUGUUGUUUCACAUCAGAUAUUAAUGUUCUGGCUGGCACGCAAGAUGGCUGCCUGUACAGAUAUGAUAUACGAAAUACGUGGUAAAGUUACGUCACUGCCGCCAUAUUGAAUUAAUUUCGCAUCGGAAUUUUGCUUGCUUGCAAUUCAGAUAUGACGAAAAUCUCUUUCAUUUUGAAUGAAAAAGCAUCUAAAAUGUUCUUUUAUUGAUUUUUAGCGCACCUCUUAGUAUCGUAAAGACGUCAGGGUCGUCUAUUUUAGGCAUGGUGAAUUAUGAUAAUGGCAGCCUGGUUAGCACAGGUACGAUAAAUUUUAUAAUUGUAAUCAGAGUAACUUAAGUCAAAUUGUAGUCUUUUCCUGCAGUAAUAAAACAUUUUUUUGAAUAUUACCAAUGUAAAAACGCUUUUGAAUGGUCGACGUACGUGUUCCAUAACUCGGUUCUACACUCCAUCACUACAUAUAGCUCAGUGUUUGCACAGGACAAAAAGCGCGCGAAAAUAUUUCGCUUCGAGAAAUUCUGCAAAUAUUUACGAUAUUUUCUUGAAAAUAAUCAGUAAAAAGUACACUAUUUAAGAUAAAAGCUUAAUUAUACUAGCUUUAACUAUGAACUGGCUUUAUUUGAACUAAAUUCUGUUUAAAAAAACCGUUUAAAACUUUAAAAACCAUUAAGAAAAACAUGAGGAACUUACGAAACUCUGCCGGCGAACACUUCGUUUUGUUUUCUUCUUUGCGUAGGUUCGGGACGAAACAGGCAUUUAGUGCCUCCUGUGUUUUGCUGGAACUUUGUAAAACUUAUUGAAAAGAUAUAACUCCAAUUGUCUUCAUUCUUUGACCGGCUAGUAUAAUUAUUUUUUUCAGUUUUCGAUGCCGCAAUGAAAACAUUCAUUUUUUUUUCAAAUUUGAGACUCGACCACAAAUCCUCUGAUCUCAAAAGCUGCGCUGACUACGUACUAACUGGAGUAAUCUGCAUACUAAUUGCAUAGGAGUGAAGGAAACUACUGUAUUUUGAUAAAAAAAUAUUUCUUUUCGUUUCUUUCAAGGUGAUGGAUGUUGUUUCGUGUGGUCAGAGAAGGACGAACAAGAUGUAUGUUUUACAGGGCCAAACUGUGACUCAGUUUAUAAAGUUCGAGCGAACAAAAGACAGAUUUAUACAGCAAGUAGAGACGCAAAAAUCAGAAAAUAUAUCCUGUGAUACCUUGUUAGUAGUUUAUAAUUUGGGGGGAAAGCCAGUCAUCUUAUGGACGAAACAGUUUAUUUCAACAUAUUCUUAACAAUUAAAGGAGCAGUGUCACGGCGCUGAUUGGCUAAAAUAAACGGCGCAAAGAAACAUUUAAAAAUGAAUGCUACAUGAUCGGAAAAGAUCCAGCAGCCUUCAAUAUUUAAAACAAAGUAAGAAUGUCCUGCAUAACGGAGGGAUUAUAAAUAGUAUAUCGUAUUUCACUCCUAACUUGAUUAAUUGUUGGCAGACAGUUUUUCAAGUUCACGCAUAUUUUGGAUGCGCAGUAGAACCGUGACACUGCCCCUUUAAAAACGUAGUUUGUUUUAAAACAGUUUAACUGUAGACGGAUUUUCCUAUAGACUUGAACAUGCAAAACCAGACCCCAAAACUAAUCUGAAUUUCAUCGCAUGAGCUCCUUAAUAAAAUAAAAGUAGCAUAUCUAUACAGGAAUCAAGAAUUUCAGAAUUUGACUAAAAUUCAAAGGUAGUUCAAAGGCAACACUCAUUAAGCAUCAAAAUUGGUCCGACUUAAUGACUUUUGGCUACCUUGUCUUUGAAUUUGGGUCGGAAAUCCAAAGAUCUUGCUCCUAUCCAGCCAUAGCAAACAUUUAUCAUACAAUCAACACAUAAAAUUUAUGUGUCAUAAAUGUUGAAUCAUACAUACUGCUUGAAAACAAGAAUCAUUAAAGAUCAAUUAAAAUUCAACACACAUCACAUCGGGGGUUAUUUAGCUAUUCACACAUUGUGGCUUUACUUCUAUUAAAAUUCACAAAUUUGACGAUCUUAAAUCAUUUAAAUUUGUUCUGUUAAACUAUAAUCUCUUGUUAAAAGGCACGAUUUAUUCUCGUGGAUUAACAAACAUUAUUAUAUAACAUUUGAUGAGAAUAAAGGCAUUUUAGUCUAAUAUACAUGUACCUCAUAAUUUUUGUUUCAACUAUUUUUUUAUUUCUCGCCACCAAAAAUCAUCCUUGGACCGAAUCUUCCUUGACUUCAGUUUCAGAGAAAUCACGACCAAAUCGACCUUGAUCCAUAUUUUCUUCCAAGUUCCUACCAAAUCUUCCUUGUUCGUUUUUCUCCGAAUAAUCUCUUCCAAACCGUCCUUGAUCUUUGCUUUCUGAUAAUUCUCGUCCAAACCGUCCUUGCUCGUUGCUUUCCAAGAACUCUCUACCGAACCUCCCCUGGUCUUCAUUUUUCGUGUCUUCUCUUCCAAACCGACCUUGUUCAUCUUCCGACAUCUUCCUUCCGAAACGACCUUGGUUUUCAUUUUCCACAAAAUCUCUUCCAAACCGUCCUUGGCUUUCCGAAAACUCCCUCCCAAACCGUCCUUGUUCAUCAUUUUCCGAAAAAUCGCGUCCAAACCGUCCUUGGUCGUUAAAUUCUAAUAAUUUCCUACCAAAUCGCCCUUGCUCUUCAUUCUUAGAUAAUUCUCUUCCGAACCGCCCUUGCUCGUUUUUCUCCGAGAACUCUCUUCCAAACCGUCCUUGGUCAGAUUUCCUGUCAAUGUUCCUUCCAAACCGACCCUGUGUCGAAAGCAUCCGUCGUCCACCAAAUCGUCCUUGAUCCUUGUAAUUCCUCCCAAAACGCCCUUGCAAUUCAAAAACAUCGCUAUCGGCCUCCUCUCGACCGAAUCUACCUUGGUUUUCUUUCUCUCGCCCAAAACGACCUUGCUCCUCCCGUCCGAAUCUACCUUGGACCGUUCGUCCGAAACGCCCUUGAUCUAAACUGCUCACAUCAAAUCCAGCACUGAUAUGAACAUUGUCCCUUCCAAAUCGACCUUGAUCCGUAGAUUCCCGGCCGAAGCGUCCCUGUUCCGAGUCCUUUGUAUCACUGGUGGUUUUUUCUCUCCCGAACCGACCUUGAUUCAGAGACUCUCGCCCGAAUCGUCCUUGCUCUUUUUCAAGAUGGGUUUCUGCUCUACCAAAUCUGCCUUGAGCCGACUCUCUUCCGAAGCGUCCUUGGGUUUUCUCGGUACGUCCAAACCGACCUUGGUUAAGGAUACGACCAAAUCUACCUUGGGCUGAAUCGAGUUCUCUCGUCUUGCUCUCGUCCUGUUUCACAUCUUUUCCAGAAUCCUCGUCUCGCUCUUUUCCCUUGUCGUUGAAUAAAAGCUCGCUAGCAUCUUCGUCAACCUCUUCGUGAGUCACCUCCGCGCUAACUGCCACUGACUUAUCAUUUUCGACCUCAUUCACAGCAGCUGGAGUGACGGCACUUAGGAUGCUACAUAUCAGUAGCAAUGCUAACAUGUAGUUCAUGCUCGAGUCU